AAUAAAAGGCUUAAAAACUGAAUAAAGAGAUGGUAAUCCAGAAUUAAAUUAGAUACGACCAGAAACGAACCAGUCCCAAGUAAUUAAUUAAUCGUAAUUACUUCAGUUAAGAAUUCAUUAGAUUAUAAAUGGCCAAUUAUCGCCAUUUUCUUAGUGAGGAGAAUCUCAAAGUUCUCAAAAACCAUGAAGCUUUCAGCUCUGAUAAUCUUCUAUUUUCUUCUGGCUGUUUCUGUAUCUGGACGUAAUUUCUCGCCGGAACCAGCACUGGAAUCUGCCGCCGGUUCAUGGGAUUUUCUUCUUCUGCCACCGGACAUGGCGGAGCCCCCCGUCGGAGAUCCAUGGAGGGGACUGGCAGUUUUUGAUGUAACUGAUUAUGGGGCAAUUGCUGAUGGCAAGACAGAGAACAGCUUGGCAUUCAUGGGGGCGUGGGAGGACGCAUGUGCUUACCGAGGAAGCUCCACCUUGUUAAUACCAGAGGGUAGUUUCUUCCUUGCCCAAGUUUUAUUUUCAGGCCCUUGUUUCGGUGAUCUCUCUCCCAAAGUCAUCAUUUUAGGCACUUUGAUUGCUCCCACCACCCUCACCGCCGACGUUUGGAUCUACUUCAAGUCCCUCCGCCAUCUCACCAUCACCGGCAACGUCGGAUCCGGCAUUCUCGACGGCCAGGGUGCUGAAACCUGGUUGUAUGGUUUCAACUGCCGCCAUCGCUUGAGUUGUGGCAUUUUCACCACAUCUUUGAAGCUGAGUGAUGUGUCAAAUGCGACAGUGAGCAAUAUUAGCCUUGUGAACAGCAAGGGCUUUCAUGUAGCCCUCAAUGGGUGUGACAAUAUUCAUCUUUCUGGGUUCAACAUUACAGCUCCUUGGAAUAGUCAGAACACUGAUGGCAUUCAUAUCAGUCAGUCCACCAAUAUCAACAUCACAACCUCCGACAUCAGUGUCGGCGACGACUGUGUUUCCAUCGGACCUGGUAGCAUCAACGUCUCGGUUUCUAACGUUAGAUGUGGUCCUGGUCAUGGAAUCAGUGUGGGGAGUCUAGGGAGGUACAGGGAGGAGAAGGAUGUGAUGGGAAUAAGAGUAGAGAAUUGCACCAUAAAAGACACUCAAAAUGGAGUGAGGGUAAAGACAUGGCCAGGAGGAGAUCACGCAAGCAAAGCUACCAAUUUGACAUUUCAAAACAUUGUGAUGUUCAAUGUCUCAAAUCCCAUUAUCAUAGAUCAACAAUAUUGUCCUAACCAUUUUUGUGACAUAAAAGAGUCAUCAGGUGUGAAGCUGAGUAACAUCAAUAUCAAAAACAUAAGUGGCACUUACAACUCUGAAUUUGCAGUAAAUCUGCAAUGCAGCUCAGCCAUGCCUUGUGAGAACGUUCAGCUUUCUUACAUCAAUCUCACUGCCAUUGAGCCACCAGAAACUGAUGACAUUGGCCGCUUCAACUGCAAGGGAUCUCUCAAUAACUUCUCCAUCCUUAAUUCAACAUUUUAAGUUCAUUACUCG